GAUGGAGGAUGAAGCUGUCCUGGACAGAGGGGCUUCCUUCCUUAAGCAUGUGUGUGAUGAAGAAGAAGUAGAAGGCCACCACACCAUCUACAUUGGAGUCCAUGUGCCCAAGAGCUACCGCAGAAGGAGACGUCACAAGAGAAAGACAGGGCACAAGGAAAAGAAGGAAAAGGAGCGGAUCUCUGAGAACUACUCUGACAAAUCAGAUGUGGAAAAUGCUGAUGAAUCCAGCAGUAGCAUCCUGAAACCACUCAUCUCGCCUGCUGCAGAGCGCAUCCGCUUCAUCUUGGGAGAGGAGGAUGAUAGCCCGGCACCCCCUCAGCUCUUCACUGAGCUGGAUGAGCUUCUGGCUGUGGAUGGGCAGGAGAUGGAGUGGAAGGAGACAGCAAGGUGGAUCAAGUUUGAAGAGAAAGUGGAGCAGGGUGGGGAGAGAUGGAGCAAACCCCACGUGGCCACGCUGUCCCUGCACAGCUUAUUUGAACUCAGAACUUGUAUGGAGAAGGGGUCGAUCAUGCUCGACCGGGAGGCCACCUCUCUCCCACAGUUGGUGGAGAUGAUUGUUGACCAUCAGAUUGAGACUGGCCUAUUAAAAGCUGACCUCAAGGACAAGGUGACUUAUACUCUGCUCCGGAAGCACCGGCACCAGACCAAGAAGUCUAACCUCCGGUCCCUGGCUGACAUUGGGAAGACGGUCUCCAGUGCCAGUAGGAUGUUCACCAACCCCGACAAUGGUAGCCCAGCCAUGACCCAUAGGAACCUGACUUCCUCCAGUCUGAAUGACAUUUCUGAUAAGCCAGAGAAGGACCAGUUGAAGAAUAAGUUCAUGAAAAAGCUGCCGCGUGAUGCAGAAGCUUCUAAUGUGCUCGUAGGGGAGGUCGACUUCCUGGAGAUGCCUUUCAUUGCCUUUGUUCGGCUGCAGCAGGCUGUCAUGCUGGGUGCCCUGACCGAGGUCCCUGUGCCCACGAGGUUCUUGUUCAUUCUCUUAGGUCCUAAGGGAAAAGCCAAGUCCUACCAUGAGAUCGGCAGAGCCAUUGCUACCUUGAUGUCUGAUGAGGUUUUCCAUGACAUCGCUUAUAAAGCAAAAGACAGGCAUGACCUGAUUGCUGGGAUUGAUGAGUUUCUGGAUGAAGUCAUUGUCCUUCCCCCCGGGGAAUGGGACCCAGCCAUCAGGAUAGAGCCGCCUAAGAGUCUUCCCUCCUCUGACAAAAGAAAGAAUAUGUACUCAGGUGGGGACAAUGUUCAGAUGAACGGGGACACACCCCAUGAUGGUGGACACGGAGGAGGAGGCCACGGGGAUUGUGAAGAGCUGCAGCGGACUGGAAGGUUCUGUGGUGGAUUAAUUAAGGACAUAAAAAGGAAAGCACCAUUUUUUGCCAGUGAUUUUUAUGAUGCUUUAAAUAUUCAGGCUCUUUCAGCAAUUCUCUUCAUCUAUCUGGCGACUGUGACUAAUGCCAUCACUUUUGGAGGGCUGCUCGGGGAUGCCACCGACAACAUGCAGGGCGUGUUGGAGAGCUUCCUGGGCACUGCUGUCUCUGGAGCUGUCUUUUGCCUUUUUGCUGGUCAACCACUCACUAUUUUGAGCAGCACAGGACCUGUCUUAGUUUUUGAGAGGCUUCUAUUUAAUUUCAGCAAGGACCAUAAUUUUGACUACUUGGAGUUUCGCCUUUGGAUUGGCCUGUGGUCAGCCUUCCUGUGUCUUAUUUUGGUAGCCACGGAUGCCAGCUUCUUGGUCCAGUAUUUUACUCGCUUCACGGAAGAGGGCUUCUCUUCUCUGAUCAGUUUCAUCUUUAUCUAUGAUGCUUUCAAGAAGAUGAUCAAGCUGGCAGAUUACUACCCCAUCAACUCCCACUUUAAAGUGGGCUACAACACCCGCUUCUCCUGUGCCUGUGUGCCGGCCAAUCCAGUUAAUAUCUCAGUACCUAAUGAUACCACAUUGUCCUUAGAGGAUUUUCCAACUGUUUCUUCUACUGACAUGUACUAUAAUGCAACCUUUGACUGGGCAUAUUUGACAAAGAAGGAGUGCUUGAAAUAUGGAGGGAAGCUCAUGGGCAACAACUGCAAUUUCGUCCCUGAUAUCAUGCUCAUGUCUUGCAUCCUCUUCUUGGGCACCUACGCCUCCUCCAUGGCUCUGAAAAAAUUCAAAACUAGUCGUUAUUUUCCAACCACAGCAAGAAAACUGAUCAGUGAUUUUGCAAUUAUUUUGUCCAUUCUCAUAUUUUGUGUAAUAGAUGCCCUGGUAGGUGUGGACACUCCAAAACUAAUUGUGCCUAGCGAGUUCAAGCCAACAAGUCCAUAUCGAGGCUGGUUUGUCCCCCCAUUUGGAGGAAACCCCUGGUGGGUGUACCUGGCUGCUGCUAUUCCUGCAUUGUUGGUCACCAUUCUUAUUUUCAUGGACCAGCAAAUCACUGCUGUAAUUGUAAACAGAAAAGAACAUAAGCUCAAGAAAGGAGCUGGAUAUCACUUGGAUCUCUUCUGGGUGGCCGUCAUCAUGGUGGUGUGCUCCUUCAUGGGCCUCCCUUGGUAUGUGGCUGCUACUGUGAUCUCCAUUGCACAUAUCGACAGUUUGAAGAUGGAGACAGAGACUUCUGCACCUGGAGAGCAGCCGAAGUUUCUGGGAGUGAGGGAACAAAGAGUCACUGGAACCCUUGUGUUUAUUCUGACUGGCCUGUCAGUCUUUAUGGCUCCCAUCCUGAAGUUUAUUCCUAUGCCUGUACUAUAUGGUGUGUUCCUGUACAUGGGGGUAGCUUCGCUUAAUGGGGUACAGUUCAUGGAUCGUCUGAAGCUGCUUCUGAUGCCCCUGAAGCAUCAGCCUGACUUCAUCUACCUGCGCCACGUGCCCCUGCGCAGAGUACACUUGUUCACUUUCCUGCAGGUGUUGUGUCUGGCCCUGCUUUGGAUCCUUAAGUCAACAGUGGCUGCAAUCAUCUUUCCUGUCAUGAUCCUGGCACUUGUCGCUGUCAGAAAAGGAAUGGAUUACCUCUUCUCUCAACAUGACCUCAGCUUCCUCGAUGAUGUCAUUCCAGAGAAGGACAAGAAAAAGAAGGAGGAUGAGAAGAAAAAGAAGAAGAAGAAGGGAAGUUUGGACAGCGACAAUGAUGAUUCUGACUGCCCAUAUUCAGAAAAGGUUCCCAGUAUUAAAAUCCCAAUGGACAUCAUGGAACAGCAACCUUUCCUAAGUGAUAGCAAACCUUCUGACAGAGAAAGAUCAUCAACAUUCCUUGAACGCCACACAUCAUGCUGAUAAAAUUCCUUUCCUUCAGUCACUUGGUUUGCCAAGUCCUCCUAGAAUUCCAGUAAAAGUUGUGCCUCAAAUUAGAAUAGAACUUGAGCCUGAAGACAAUGAUUAUUUCUGGAAGAGCAAGGGAACAGAAACUACAUUAUAACCUGUUUGUCUUUCUUACAAUUGACAGUUUUAUUGUUAACAUUCUUUUUUUUUGGCCUGGCCAUUUAUUUUUAAAUUUUUGUUCUGUUUCAGUUUUUGGUCACUGGCUAAAUAAUACAGCUCUCUCUGCUUCUCUCUCGCAUAGGUGAUAGCAAGACAGUGGUGUACUAUUCCUUUAAAAAGCAUCUGCAGCAUCUCCCUUUUGUUCUUACACUUUCUGCACUUUCAGAUGUGUCCUCUGACAACCCAGUUUCCCUGUCACUCAAGAAGCGCACAGGCCCUUGUCCUUUCCUUUUAUUAAGCAGAGAUCAGAAGUAUUAAAGAUUUUAUAAAACCUUUUACUGAAAUACUGAAGGAAGUUAAAACUUCAGUUUUGGAGCUGUGCUUACUGGCUUGUUUUUGUCUGGUAGAACAAACCCUAACCCCAGACAGAGUCCCUUCUCCCCCUUAUAGAGCUGCCCAGGACUGGAAAAAGUGCUGCUAUUCUAACUUGCUCUUGCUUAUGAGCCCUAAUCAUAGUGUUAUCAAAAGAAGAAAAACUAAAGGUACUUUACUCCCUGUAGAGAAACCAUUGCCGCCAUUGUAGCAAGUGCUGGAAUGUCCCUUUUUCCUAUGCAACUUUUUUUAACCCUUUAAUGAACUUAUCUGUUGAGUACAUUGAAGAAUAUUUUUCUUCCUAGAUUUUGUUGUUUAAAUUAUGGGGCCUAACCUGCAACUUAUUUUUUUGUCACUUUUUUAAACUUUUUUUUAAUUACUGUAAAGAAAAUGAAUUUUUCCUGCAGCAGGAAACAUAGUUUUGAGUAGUUCUACCUCUUAUUUGUAGCUGCCAGGCUUUCUGUAAAAAUUAUAUUGUAUAUAAUGUGAUUUUUACAUACAUACACACACACACACACACACACAAAUAGACAAUCUCUAGGGUAAACCAGAAGGCUAAAUCAGAUUUUAAAAACACCAUGUGUCUAAGCAUCCAUUUUAUCCCAUUCUUUAAAAGAAAUUUAACUAUUUUAUGAAGAAACUUGAGGGAGAAGAGAGAAAUUCUUGCAUAAGGGAGUAAAUGCUGUUCUGGUAGUGGUAGUAUCUGGACACAGAUGCUUAUUGUAUUACCAUGUUACUGUCCUAUGCAGUAUUGUUAGGUAUUUUUUCAUUUUGAAAUAUCUGUGUGUUUGUGUAUGUGCUCUGUGUGUGGCUGGUGCACAUCUGUGCAAAGUUAUAAAAAGAGCGACAGUAAACAAAGGGCAAAGUUAUUAAUCCCUGUGUGUCAGUUUUCAUAAAAUCCAAACCACACAUUAAAAUUUUAUCAGGGGUUCAAUAAAUGUGUCACCAUGCAAAUGAAGGUAAAUAAUAUUUAUUACUCAGCUAGCGGUCAUCACUGCUACAGUAACUCAUACUCACAAAAGAAAAUCCACAGGAAGAUUGACAGCACAUUUACACAUCUAGUGGGUGUUAUGGGAAUACAGAUAGAAAAGUAGAAGUGGAUACACUUUAACAAUACUUUCACACAAUUCUUUGUAAUCAGAACUUUUAAAGUAUGUAUGUAUUCAUAUAUGUGUAUCUGUUUCAGAGUACCAUACUGAAAAUUGGACCUUAUUAACCAAAUUGAGCAUGAUAUUUAGAUAGAAUGUUCUUAAUGAGCUACAUAAUAUAUUGAAUGUCUAUUAAGAGCAACAUUUUAAAUGUUGAAUCACAAUUUUGGAUUCAUAUAACCACAACUGUGAUGAGUCUAAGUAUAACAGGUUGUUGAAGGACUAUUAGAAGCAGGUGGAAUCACUCAUUUUGGUGUACUUAUUGACUCCACUCAUUCUUACAUUAAUUAAAUUGUAAUUCUGCCCUCUUGAAAUUAAUUAUAAAAGUUUUGUUAUCCUAAGAUAACUAUUACUUUUGUAAUAUCUCAAAACUUUUAAUUUUAUAAAAAUUAGACAUAAAUGACCUCAAAUUGUAAAUUAAAACAACAAAUUACACAUGCCAAAACCUCACUUGCCAAAUUUUGGCAUCAUGUUUGUAUACAGAUCUACUCUUAAAAUGAUUAUUCUGUAUUAUUUAGUUAUAUUUUAUCCUUAAAAAGCUAUAUGAGAAAGCACCUCUUUCUCUUUCUGAUUGAAGCAUCAACAGAAUGUCUAAUAAUCGUGCAUAGUAAAUUUAGUCUAAUCAAGAUGUUGUUAAGUUGAAGGAACUUUUGAUAUUUUUUAUAAAAGCUCUAGAUAUAAUAUUUGCUAUUCUGAUCACAAAUCAAGUAUUUUUGGAUUUAUAUUCCUUUCCAUACUAGUCAAAGAACUGCUGAAGUAACUUAGUCCAUAAUUUCAACCUUUGAGUAGACUGGAAGCUAUGUAUUCCCACUGUGACCCACACUGUGUCACUUUGGGAUGAAGGUUGGUGUCUGUGUUGUAAAAAUAAAAUAGUACCUUAUGUUUGCAACAGCAAACCCUUUCAACACUGUGGAACUAAGGAAGUAAUUUUUUAAAAGAUCAUUACCUUUAGAGGAACAAAGGCAGUUACCACACUAACAAGCAAAACCAAGGUACAUGUGGAGCCAGCCACUAGAUUACCUGUGUUCUAACCAAAUUUACUGAUUGGAUAAGAACUAACCAGAUUUGGGGAUGGUUUUGUUUCUAUGUAAACUGAACACAAAUACAACAGUAAUUUUUUUUACAACAUACUUCUCUAUUUUCACUCUAAUGUGCACUUGGAGACAUAUGAUUCACGUUUCCUGAGGUAAAGACUAAGUGCACUCAGAGCUGUUAACCAGGAUUCUUGGGGUUGUAGGAACUGACUGGUGGAAGAAAAGAAAGGACUAGGCUGAGUCUACCUAUGAAAAGAGCAUUGCUUCCUCUGCUUUUGGAUUUGAGAGAUAAUCUGUGGGAGAUACUGUUUUCCUUGAGAAAGUCACUUUUCUCUGCUGUGUGUAACAACUACUUGAAAUCCUAAUUAUUCCAUAUCCCAUGGGCAGUAUUGUUCCUGCCUCUUUUUCCAGGGAGGUUGAGGAGGGGUUGAGAGGAGCCUUACUGACUUGAGAAUCAGGAAUGAAAACCUCAGUCCUCACCCACUCAAGAAUAGGGGAAAAAUUAUCUGCUGUCAGUAAUCCAAUUUUUGUGAAUUUUAUGGACAUGCAGCAACACACUCAGAGUGACUCUUUUAUCAGCUCAAUUUUGGUGUUUAAUAUUGGAGAAUGAUUGUCUUCCGAGUUUUUAGUUCUUUUAACUGUGUUAACGUACUUGAAAUGUAUUGACUGCUGACUAUAUGUCAAAAAUGAAAUAUUUGAGUUGUAUUACAGAGGUUGACAUUGUUCAGGGAUGGGACAAAGUGUUCUUCAGUCUUUUUCAUACCACUGACAUGAUUUUGGUGCAGGAACCUGAGAUUUUCUUAUUUAUGUUCCAUGAUAGCUUGCAUCUGCUCUCACAGCAUAAGCUGGGAGUCCAGUGGCACCCAGUGGCACCAAGUGGCUGAACACAAUCAAAUGAUGACAGCACUUCUUUGUCUGAGAGUCAUGGGGAUGUUCAGAUGGUGACUUCACUGAGCAUCUUUGCAGCCUGAUAUCUUAAAAAAAAAAAACCCUUGUAAUAUAUGCUAAUCAAUCAAGUUGUGUUGUGACCAGAGAUUUGGAUAUAUCUUAUUUCUUGGCUCAUUUAUUUGUGGUCUAUGGUUAUACACAAAAAUUCGGAAUUUUGUUUCCUAGGUAAAUAUUGCAACUCAGGGCUAAAAAAUCACCCAGUGAACUUUUAGAGCCAGAAGUAACUUUGUCCCAAUCCUACAAUGUGAAAAGAAUGAACAGCUGCCUCUUUUAGCCAUUUUCCUGGCUGGUACAUAACCGUACACAGUACACAUUACUUUUCAGAAUCAAUACGCACUUUCAGAUAUUCUUAUUUUUAUUCUCUUAAGUCUUUAUUAACUUUGGAGAAGUGAUGCAUCUUUUUAUUUUAAAUGAAGUAGAUCAACAUGGUGGAACUAAAUGACAAAACAGAAAACAUUUCAAUAUAUUACUAAUAAUUUUUCCAACAUAAAACCUAAAAUUCCUAUAACAUAGUAUUUUACAGUUUUAUGAAGCUUUCUAUUGUGACUUUUAUGGAAUUAAGAGAUGAAGAAGAUGAGAUAUUUUAGCAUUUAUAUUUUUCAAAAUUAAAUGUAUACUUAAAAUAAAGUAACUUUAUGCAUU